AUGGCUGCCGCUAUUAAGAACCUUGUGGACAAGUUUCAGGGUCAUUCCGAGCCCGCGCUUCGUGUACCAUCGGCCGAGGAGGUCCAAGAGUUGAGACAGAAGUAUGAGCAGACAGAACAGUCGCAAGUAUUUGCAUUUUACGACCAACUGAGCCAGACGGAGCAGGCUCAACUAUUCCAUCAACUGUCCAACUUUGACCCUACCCGCAUCAAUGAGCUCGCCGACAAGGCUCUGAACCCCCCCAAAUCUGAGACCGGCCCGGUUUCGCUCGAGCCUCUCCCCGAAAUCGCUACCGCCUCGAUCCUCGACUCCGACCCGAAAGAUAUCCAGAGUUACUACGAUGAGGGUAUCAAGCUUGUGGCGGAGAAUCAGGUUGCCGUGGUACUGCUUGCAGGUGGACAAGGAACUCGGCUAGGAAGCUCGCAGCCGAAGGGCUGCUUUGACAUUGGUCUCCCAAGCCACAAGUCCCUUUUUCAGAUCCAAGCCGAACGUAUCGGUAAACUCCAGCUCCUUGCGAAGAAGAUAUCAGGCAAGCAUGCCGUGAUCCCUUGGUAUGUCAUGACAAGUGGGCCGACGCGCAAGCCCACGGAGGAGUUCUUCCAACAGCACAGCUACUUUGGGCUAGAAAAGUCAAACGUCUUCAUCUUUGAGCAGGGCGUCCUGCCGUGCAUUUCAAAUGAAGGUAAAAUCAUGCUGGAAAGCAAGUCCAAGGUGGCCGUUGCACCUGACGGUAAUGGAGGAAUCUACCAAGCUUUGCUCACUGCCGGCGUAAGGGAGGACAUGCGGAAGCGAGGAAUCAAGCACAUCCACGCCUACUGUGUCGACAAUUGCUUGGUCAAAGUGGCUGAUCCAGUUUUCAUCGGCUUUGCUGCCUCCAAGAAGGUUGAUCUUGCUACAAAGGUGGUGCGGAAGCGUAACGCUACUGAAUCGGUCGGCCUGAUUCUUCAAAAGAACGGAAAACCAGACGUGGUUGAGUACUCCGAGAUUGACAAGGAGACAGCGGAGGCCAAGGACUCCAAAAACCCUAGCUUGCUGAAAUUCCGUGCCGCCAACAUUGUUAACCACUACUACUCCUUCGACUUCUUCAACUCCAUCGAGAACUGGGUUCACAAGAUGCCUCACCACAUCGCCCGAAAGAAGAUCCCCAGUGUUGACAUUGAGAGCGGCAAUGUCGUUAAGCCCGAGAAGCCGAACGGUAUCAAAUUGGAGCAGUUUAUCUUCGAUGUUUUCCCCAUGCUUUCUCUCGAGAAGUUUGCCAGCAUUGAAGUGCGCCGUGAGGACGAAUUCUCGCCUCUAAAGAACGCUCGGGGCACCGGAGAGGACGACCCAGACACCAGCAAGCGAGACAUCAUGAAUCAGGGUCAGCGAUGGAUUGAGAGUGCUGGUGGGGUUGUUGUCACUGAGGAAGAUGCCGUGGGCGUUGAAGUAUCUCCCUUGAUCAGCUACGGUGGUGAAGGACUUGAGUUUCUUAAAGGCCGCGAAAUCAAGGCGCCCGCUGUCAUUGAGAGAGAGGAGUAG